AGAGGCCGGCCAGAGCAGAGAGCAGGAGCACCGGAGCACAGGGCAAGAACCAGACUGAUCUGCUGCUGGUUGUUGUGUCUGCAGGACCUUUCUGAAGCCCAGUCAUGAAGUUUGUGGUCCUAGUGUUGGCUGUCUUCACAGGUUGCCAUGCCAACAUCCUCUGGCAGGAGCAGCCCAAGACACAGAUGGAGCAGGUGAAAGAGGCAUUUUGGGACUAUGCUGCCAAGGCGACGCACACGGCCGAGGACACACUCCAGAUGAUCAGACAGUCGGAGCUGGGACAGGAAAUCAAGUAUGUCAACACACACACACAAAGCACAGACACUGAAGCAGUCCAGUCACUGCGAGGUCGGGUGACGCCCCUGGCCCAGGAGCUGAUGGACCGGCUGACCCAGGACGCCGAGACCCUGCGUCAGCGGCUGAUGGAGGACCUGCAGGCCAUGAGCGGGCAGCUGGGGCCCUUCGCGGACGAACUGGGCAUCCAGGUGCGCGCCGGCGUGGACGAGCUGCGCCAGGGCCUGGCGCCCUACGCCGACGGGCUGCGCGACUCGCUGGGCCAGAACGCGGAGGACCUGCGGCGGGCGCUGCAGGAGCGGAGCGCGGAGCUGCAGGGGCGCCUGGAGGGGGGCGUGGAGGAGCUGCGCGCCCGCCUCAGCCCCCACGCCGACGAGCUGCGCGCCCGGAUCGAGCAGCGCGUGCAGGAGUUCCGCAGCGGCAUGGCGCCCUACGCCCGCAGCCUGCAGGAGCGCCUGGCCCAGAGCCUGGCGCCCUACGCCGAGGACCUGCGCGGCCGGCUGGACCCCUACGCCCAGGACCUGCGGGCCCAGCUCUCCUCCCUCUGGGACUCCUUCCAGAAGAGCUUCUAGAUCGGAUCGCCCCCCUCCACUGAUCUCUCCCGCACCCCGGACCCGCGCACUUCCCGCCACACAGACCACCACCACCACCCCCGCUCGGAGGGUGCCGAUGGUUUGCUCCGCUGGACGCACCCAGGCCUGCCCCUGGGGUCGGAGCGUACCAUGGCCCGGGGAGGGGGUGUGUGAGCUGUCUUCAGGAGCCCGGCUGUAAGACGAGGAGGCGCCGAGCUUCCCCUUCCCACAAUCCCUCUCUCCGCUGACCGUCCCCCAUCACACAGCACAGCCUGGCUCGGGGUUCGAGCAGGGCAAGAGUGUGGGGGGUCUCCCCUGUGUGUCUUACUCUGUACUGUAACAUUGUGCUGCUUUCCUCCUUAAUUUAUGCGAAUAAAGAGUGAAAAAAUGAGAAAA